AUGAUUGAAGCCAUUCCAUCUCCCCCUUAUCCGCUGAACACUGAUUCAAUUUUGAUGAUCGAGCCAAGCAUGAGAUUAAGACGUGCUAAAAUUCAAUCAAUCUUGCCAUCCAACAAAUACGUCACCUCUCAAACAGCGUUUCCCCCCCGUUUUGGGUUGGACGACUUUAUAACUCCCACAGGAUCGGGGGUCGAUCCCGAUCAUUCAAUCACUCGCAGCAUUUUCAUUCCUGACGAUCUCAUCAACCCUCACCCACGCUUCGGGACCCUCGUCAACAAUAUCCGGUGCCGGCGAGGUGCAAAGCCCUUCAUCACUAUACCAGCCUAUCGGGACAAGUUCACGUUCAACUCGAAUCUCAGCAACCCAGCAGAAGCGGAUUGGUCGCAAGCAAAAGACUUAACAUCAGUGGAUCGUUUCGAGGUCGAGCGCCUUGCUCGCCGCACAAUCAACCCGAUUCAAAAUCAGAUUUACAUGGAUUGCUUUGCUUUUGGAAUGGGAAUGAGCUGCGUCCAGACGACCUUCGCAACACCUGAUGUUAGUUCCGCGCGGUUUCUCUACGAUCAACUUGCAGUUCUUGCGCCGCUGUUCCUGGCGCUGACUGCUUCGACUCCCGUUUUGCGUGGAGUACUCGCGGAUACGGAUACGCGAUGGGCAACUCUCGAACAGGCAGUGGAUUGCCGAACUGAAGAAGAAUCAAUGCGCAUUCCUAAGUCGCGCUAUUCAGGAGUCUCCCUAUAUAUUUCUGAUUCGCCAAGACUUACAGAGCAUUUGCCUGAGCUGAACGAUACGGCGGCUCCCAUUGACGACGAAGCCAAAGCAUUACUGCUCGAGGGAAGCGUUGAUGAAGUUCUCGCCAGUCAUUACGCUCAUUUAUGGCUGAGAGACCCGUUGGUUAUCUUCGGAGAAAAAGUGGAACUAGAUGAUGGCCAAGCCGUGGAUCAUUUUGAAAAUAUUCAAUCCACUAAUUGGAACUCCAUGCGAUUCAAACCGCCCCCUCCAGGAUCAUCAGCAGAUCAGAUGAGUCCAAUUGGAUGGAGAGUCGAGUUCAGAACCCCCGAAAUCCAACUGACCGAUUACGACAACGCUGCUGGUGUCGCGUUGAUAUCAGUCUUGGCGCAAAUGAUCCUUUUCAAUGGAUUGGAUCUAUAUAUUCCAAUGUCGAAAAACGACGACAAUAUGACUCGCUCGUGGAAUAGAAAUGCUGUAACUGAAGAGACCUUCUGGUUUCGUCACGAUAUCUCUAACGCCACUACUAAUUGGGACUUUAGCGAAAUGACCCUACAUCAAGUUCUAACAGGUGACAUAAGGGAAUUGAAUGGCUCAUCUUUUUGUUUGCAGGGUGUUCCCGUGUCGGAUUUGAAGGUUUGA